CCAAUCCGACGGCAUUACGCGCUCCCCUGCAGGAGCAGUUCAUGCCGAUGAGAAAUCCCUUUCCCACUCGACACACACCACACUGCUGCCACCGAAUCGGAUCCCGGGAGUUCUCUUCGCCCCUGCCUCUCCUCCGCUUCGCUGCGGCCGGCGACGUCGGGAACACCGGCCGCCUCCGAUUCGAUCCCAACCGGGGGUCUCCCCGGCGGCUAGCCAUGGCGGAGCCGCUCAGCUCAUCCCAAGAUGCGCCCAAUCCCACUGCUACGGAGCAGAGAGUACUGGUGACGAACAAGCACGGGGAGAACCUCGUGGGGCUGCUGCACCACACGGGGUCGAACAAGGUUGUCGUGCUCUGCCAUGGCUUUACGGCUUCCAAGGACGAUGGAAUCAUUGUUGAUCUUGCGGCUGCGAUAACAAAGCGUAGGAUUAGUGUGUUUCGCUUUGAUUUCAGUGGAAAUGGAGAAAGUGAAGGUGAAUUCCAGUACGGUAAUUACAGGAAGGAGGCUGAUGACCUGCAUUCUGUUGUUUCAUAUCUUUACCGGGAGAAGUAUGAUGUAGCAGCAGUUGUUGGUCACAGCAAAGGUGGAGAUGUGGUGGUUCUAUAUGCCUCUAUCUAUAAUGAUGUCCCAAUGGUGGUUAACCUUUCUGGUCGAUUUAAUUUGGAGAAAGGCGUUGAAGAGCGCCUAGGCAAAGAAUUUAUGGAUAGGAUAAACACAGAAGGCUACAUUGAUGUCACAAACAAAUCAGGAAAGUUUUUGUACAGAGUAACCAAAGAGAGCUUGAUGGAACGACUGAACACUGAUAUGCAUGCAGUAAGCCUUUCCAUCAGCAAAGAAUGCAGGUUCUUUACAAUUCAUGGUUCAGCUGAUGAGAUCAUACCAGUGGAAGAUGCAUAUGAGUUUGCAAAGCUUAUACCGAACCACAAACUGCGUGUCAUUGAGGGAGCAAAUCACUGCUACACUGCUCAUCGUAAAGAACUUUCUGAUGCCGUCAUAGAAUCCAUCACAUCCAAUGAGGCAGGAGAUACCCCACCCUAGAGCAGCACGUCCUUUGCCGGGCAUCGAUGGCUUCCUCCGACUCCGCCGCCUUUCCACGCUUCGUCAGGCUGCUCCUCAAUCACCUUACUUAAAGGAUGGCACAUAGACAGAUCCCGGUUUUGCUCUUCGUGUUUGUGUGUGUGUGUGUGUGUGGUGUGUGUGUGUGGUGGGGUGGGGUGGGGUGG